AGUCUGUGUGUGGUACAGCGCGCGGCGGAGGAACUGGGUAUGCCCAACAGCAAGCUCGUGGUAUAUUUCACAACGGUCGACAUUAGGAAAAAAACAGUUUACUCGCCAAAAAAAUAAUCUUUGGACUUACUGGAAGAUUCGUGUACUACUACUGGAUGUAAUAUUGUUCAAAGUUGUAUGCCGUCAACAACUCGUCCCGAAACCGAGGGGUUUCCAGCGACCGACCGGACGGAGAGACGUUCUCCGCCUCGGGAUCACCGGGGUUUUAAAGGACUCUCCAGGGGCAAAGAAGUGCACGAAUAACAGAAACUGCGACGGAAAUCUUCCGCCUUUAUCUCUCCGUGCUUACGACUUCAAGAGAAGGAUAUUACGCUUUUUGUGUCUGGAUACUAUUAUUGGUUACCUGUGCAGAAGAGAGGGGAGGAAUCAGCCCAGACAAAGGUACAAAGGAGAGGCCGACGAGGUGAUCCAUCCAGCGGUCUAAGUGUGUGCCUCGUAGCCGAGAACAGGGCUUUGUCCGCCGCCAUCCUGCGUUAACAGGGGAGGGGGUGGCGGUGAUUUACCGCACCUUCACAGGAUUAAGGAAAGAGCGAAAACACACCGAAUUCCCUUGAGUGAAGGACACGACAUGUAUCCACAAGGCCGGCAUCCGGCACCUCACCAGCCAGGGCAGCCUGGCUUCAAGUUCACAGUUGCAGAGUCCUGCGACCGGAUCAAAGACGAGUUUCAGUUCCUUCAGGCCCAGUACCACAGUCUGAAAGUGGAGUACGACAAACUGGCAAAUGAAAAGACAGAGAUGCAGCGCCACUACGUCAUGUACUAUGAGAUGUCCUAUGGGCUCAACAUUGAGAUGCACAAACAGACUGAGAUUGCGAAACGUCUCAAUGCAAUCCUGGCUCAGAUCAUGCCGUUCUUGUCACAAGAGCACCAGCAGCAGGUGGCUCAGGCUGUUGAGCGAGCCAAGCAGGUGACCAUGACCGAGCUGAAUGCGAUCAUCGGGGUACGUGGACUUCCCAAUCUGCCUCUGACUCAGCAGCCGCCUCAUAGUGUCUACCCAGCAUUCAUGCAGCAGCAGCUCCAGGCUCAGCACCUUUCUCACGCGGCCCACGGCCCCCCGGUCCAGAUGCCCCCCCACCCCUCAGGCCUGCAGCCCCCCGGACUCCCCGCUGUGACGGGCGCCGGCUCCGGCCUGCUGGCUCUGGGCGCUCUGGGCAGCCAGGCCCACCUGCCCGUAAAGGAUGAGAAGAGCCACCACGACCUGGAGCACAGAGGCCCCUCAUCUUUUCACUCGCCCCUGGCCAAUCCUCUGAAAGAGCGCGAGUCGAGUACGAAUAACUCGGUGUCGCCGUCAGACAGCCUGCGGGCAGCAAGCGAGAAGCAUCGCGGCUCUUCAGAUUACAGCCUGGACUCCAAGAAACGCAAAGUGGACGACAAGGACAGCAUGAGCCGAUAUGACAGUGACGGAGACAAAAGUGACGACUUGGUGGUGGAUGUUUCCAACGAGGACCCGGCCACCCCUCGAGCCAGCCCCGCUCACUCUCCUCCGGAGAACGGCCUGGAUAAAUCACGCGUCCUGAAGAAGGAUGCUGCCCCCAACAGCCCCGCCUCCGUGGCCUCCUCGGGCAGCACGCCGUCUUCCAAAGCUAAGGACCACGCCCACAAUGACAAGUCGUCCACACCGAGCCUGAAGUCCAACACACCCACACCCAGGAACGAGGUGCCAACGCCGGGAACCAGCACCACUCCAGGACUACGGCCCCUAACGAUGGGCAAACCCCCCGGCUUGGAGGCACUAGCGGCCCCCGCCCUGCGUACCCCUCUCUCCAUCGCGGGCUCCUACGCCUCCCCCUUUGCGAUGAUGGGUCAUCACGAGAUGAACGGAUCCCUGACCAGCCCGGUCUACCCAGGUCUCAUCUCUCCGCAGAUGAGUGCUGCAGCUGCUGCCGCCUAUGGACGCUCACCAAUUGCGGGGUUUGACCCUCAUUCUCACUUGAGAGCUCCAGGCCUGCCAGCCAGCCUCACGUCCAUCUCCGGAGGAAAACCAGCUUAUUCUUUUCACGUUAGCGCAGAUGGUCAGAUGCAGCCUGUGCCCUUCCCUCCAGACGCGCUGAUAGGCCCGGGGAUCCCUCGCCACGCUCGCCAGAUCAAUACCCUGAGCCACGGGGAGGUGGUGUGCGCCGUCACCAUCAGCAACCCCACCCGCCACGUCUACACCGGCGGCAAGGGCUGCGUCAAGAUCUGGGACAUCAGCCAACCAGGGAGCAAGAGCCCAGUGUCCCAGCUCGACUGCCUGAACAGGGACAAUUACAUCCGCUCCUGCAAGCUGUUGCCUGACGGCCGCACCUUGAUAGUGGGGGGGGAGGCCAGCACGCUGACCAUCUGGGACCUCGCCUCACCGACGCCCCGCAUCAAGGCCGAGCUCACUUCCUCCGCCCCGGCCUGCUACGCUCUGGCCAUCAGCCCCGACGCCAAGGUGUGCUUCUCCUGCUGCUCGGAUGGAAACAUCGCCGUGUGGGACCUCCACAACCAGACCCUCGUCAGGCAGUUCCAGGGCCACACCGAUGGAGCCAGCUGUAUCGACAUCUCCCACGACGGGACCAAGCUGUGGACCGGAGGGCUCGACAACACCGUGCGCUCCUGGGAUCUGAGGGAGGGACGACAGCUCCAGCAGCACGACUUCACCUCACAGAUCUUCUCGCUGGGCUACUGUCCCACCGGAGAGUGGCUGGCUGUGGGCAUGGAGAGCAGCAACGUGGAGGUGCUACACCACACCAAGCCCGACAAGUACCAGCUGCACCUGCACGAGAGCUGCGUCCUCUCGCUGAAGUUCGCCUACUGUGGUAAAUGGUUUGUGAGCACGGGGAAGGACAAUCUGCUGAAUGCAUGGAGGACUCCUUAUGGUGCCAGCAUAUUCCAGUCGAAGGAGUCGUCCUCUGUCCUGAGCUGCGACAUCUCUGCAGACGACAAAUACAUUGUGACGGGUUCCGGGGACAAGAAAGCCACCGUGUACGAGGUCAUCUAUUAGAGGAGGGGGCUCCCCUCUGCCUCAGCACUUCUGAUCCAACGACUUUAAUUCCCCCCCGACCCUCCGUCUGUGGAUUACAACGCGCCGGGAUCUGGAGGAGAUCGGUGGCGUAGUUGACCGAAGAAUGUUUUCGCUGGAAAGACUUUAUUUUCCCCUUUUUUUUUGGAGGGUUAAUUUUUUUGGGGGGGGUUAAAUCUUUUUGAGAUUUAUUUCCUGUUUUACUUUGAGAAUAUUUGGGUGUAUCCCGAUGGAGCAGCGCUUCAUUUCUGAGAACCUUGUUCCUCAACGUCUUGUGAAAAGUGUACAUAUCCGAUUAAAUAAAAGACAUUUUAUAUAUAUUAUAAAUAUAUAUAUAUUUUCAUGUCCUGGGUGUACUUGUGAUGAUUUUUUUUUCCGGCCCACUCUUAUGCCGUGAUAUUUGAGUCGGACAGCAGAAAAUAGAUUAGAACUUUUUAACAAUUUUACUCUUUGAUUUUCUUAAAGCACAUUCUGCGGGCUGACCUUUUCAGAAAUCGAACCGAGGAGCAUGACACUUGUAUGUCGGACGUUUUGUGGAGAUUUAUAAAUGGCCUUUUGUCACAGUGCUCUUACCGGAAGAUGAAAGUGUGGAGAGCCUCGGCUGGUUUGGACCACAGCGGGACGGAUUCAGGAGAAGCGAUGGAUGUAAAUGUAAUUCAUAUAUAUAUACAUACAUAUAUAUAUAUAUAUAAAAAGACAUUUUUUAAAGUGUACUGCUCUGUCUGUGCUAUCUUCUCCCUGUUUGUUUUACGUUGUUAGAUUAAGGGAGAUAGGGAACGUUUAGUGUUUAGCCUAACCCUUGGACCUCAGUUGGCAGCCGACGCACUGCAGCAGGCGCAAACUGGAAGAAAAUGUGCUUUUUGCUAACUUGACGUAACAUGGAUGUUGAAUUGCACCAUUGUUUUCAUGGCUUACAGACUCAAUUCAGACAGUCAAAUCUGCGCUUUUGGAAUCCUCCUGCCCUCUGUAUCUUAUCAAUAAUCCUGGAAUAUGUCUGGUUUGCGGCGGGACACGUAAGCUCAUGAGGACAUCGAGAACGGCACUUAAAU